AUGCAAUCCAUUCUCACCGCUUCACUCCUCGUUUCGCUCGCUGUCUUUUCCACUGCAGCUCCCAUCCCAUUCUCCUUGGCAACAAAGGAUACAGCCCUAACUGAGGCUCAACUGAUUCAAAUCGCCCCAACAUCAAAGACCUGUGACGAUGCCCCCGCCGAAGGAGAAUGCGCUACAGCCAAGACAGCCGCCACCUUCAGCUCUCAGUCCUUCAAUGACUACAAGGUCACCAACAAGGCCGAGCAAGCCGCAAUCUUGAGUCUGAUGGCCUUUGAGAGCGACGACUUCAAGUAUAACAAAAACCAUUUCCCCGGCAACCCAGGCCAAGGCAAAAUACCAAUAGCUCGCAAUAUGCAAUCCCCAGCCUUCAACAAGAAAUACGCCAGCAGCAUCCCCGCUCUGAAAGACAAGAUUGCCGCCGUCUCCAAUAGCCCCACUGAUCUGCUCGAUUUGCUGCGCGAUAAUGAGACCUACGACUUCGGAUCUGGCGCCUGGUUCCUUACCACCCAGUGCUCUAAGGAUGUGCGCUCUGCAUUGCAGGAUGGUUCUGAGACGGGCUGGGAAAAGUAUAUUAGCAGCUGUGUUGGCACUUCGGUUACCGAUGAGCGCAAGCAGUACUGGGAGCGAGCCGUGAAGGCCCUCGGUGUGUGA